GCCGGAAGCCGCUUCCGGCGACUGCGCCACGUCCGAGGAGGCUGUAAUCGAGCGGUGACGGACCCUGGGGUCGGAGCUGGACGCGAUGGCGGACUGGGCUCGGGCUCAGAGCCCUGGUGCUGUGGAGGAGAUUCUAGACCGAGAAAACAAGCGGAUGGCUGACAGCUUGGCCUCCAAGGUCACCAGGCUCAAAUCGCUGGCUCUGGACAUCGAUAGGGAUGCGGAGGACCAGAACCGGUACCUGGACGGCAUGGGCUCAGAUUUCACAAGUAUGACGGGUCUACUCACAGGGAGUGUGAAGCGGUUUUCCACAAUGGCGCGAUCUGGGCGAGACAACCGGAAGCUUCUUUGUGGUAUGGCUGUGGGCCUGAUUGUGGCCUUCUUCAUCCUCUCCUACCUCCUGUCGAGGGCAAGGACGUGAGCCGAUGGGAGCUGGCUUCUGUGGGUGCCUGGGGCAACCAGGAUCUUCCUCUGUCUGGUGUUUUGGGCUCCAGAGAACUUGUUUUCAAAAUACUCCUUUGAAAUGAGGAUCAUGGCUUAGGAAUGUUUUUUCUGCGUGGUUGGGAGCCUCUAACCCAGUGAGCUCUUGUUAGCUGGUUCUAUGUGUGCAAGGGCCCUAUCCCUGUGGGGUAGCCUAGGCCCAGCUCCCUCUGCCACCUUGAGCUCUAGAAGCCCCAGCAGUGUUGGGUCCAAGCAGAGCAUCUGGGAAUCCUGGACGCGGCCGCCUGUGAGCAGCAGUCCUUCCCUCGGCCCUCGAGGUUCUGAGCGUCUCAAGGCUUCUCUGCGCUGUCUUGGUCUGGAUGAGGCUGUGUCUGAUGUUUGAGCUGCCUGGAGCUGACAGAGGAAGGGGGUGUGGCUGUGAAGCUCAAAUCACUGCUGUCACCUCCAACUGAGUGUCCUCAGCCCGGAGACUGCAGUUUCUCUGGCCAGGGCUGCUGGUCAUCCAUGACCCAGAGAGAUUCAAAGGUCCUGCUGAGUGGCCUCUUCCUGCCCUCCAAUCCCACGACUGAAACCAGAUCCUCAGGGAUGGGCAGGGGGAUGUGGAUGGAGGAAGGAACUGCCGCGUUGGCUGAAGACUUGGGGUCCAAAUCCUGGCAAUUUCCCAGCCACGUAUCCAGGAGCAGAAGCUAAUGUUUUCAUGGGAUUCAGGAUCUGCCCAGCACCAGAGACCUGCUUCCAGGAGACUAGACCUCUAGAGACAUGUCCAUCUGACGCUUCAGAGUCAGGCCCGGUGUGAGGCGGGGCUUUUGUCGGUGUACGCGGGAGGUUUCUGGAUAAUGACUUUUCUUAGGAACUGUAGGUCACUUUUUGAGGGUUUGUGGGCAGUUUCCACUAAGCUAACCCUAACCCUGCAAUGUCUGCCCACCUCUCCCUGGGCCCUCAGUGUCCACUUGGUCAGUCCCCUGCUCCUAUGGACUGAACUAACAGGCCCAGCCAAACCAGUGGCUUCUUUGUACCUCCCUGUGAGUCCCCGGUGUCCUUGUCUUCCCAUAAAAAACACUUG